AUGGUCCCACACUGGCGACGUCGGUUGCCCCUCCUGCUCCUGAGCUUGCUAUGUCCGUCGUUUGCUUCAGCGCACUCCUUUGAAAACACCGCCAUCGUGCGGACCAUCGACCUAGGCGGAUCGCUCGUGCACGUCACCACCACGUACGCGGUGAAAGCACUCGAGGAUGGCGCGGGUGUCUACACCCUGGCACUGGCGGAACGCGAGUUGAAGCGUACAAGCUGGCUGGAGGCCAAGAUAAAGGGCCAGCAGAACAUCCUAGCCAUGGAGAGUGCGGGUUUCGAUGGCGAAAGUGGCGUGUACCUAUUCUCUGUAGAGCUCCCAGAGACCCUCCGGACGAAUGGGACCGCUAAUCUUGUGGUGGAGGCCAUCGAGACCCACGCGACCUAUCCUUGGCCGGAGGAGGCAGGGCAGAAGGAUGGUCAGUCGCUCAAGUAUGAAACGGACCUCUUUGUCGUGAGCCCGUACAAAACGUCCGUAGAGCGGAUAAAGAUCAAGUCACCGUCGCCUAACAUAUUGUCGUACUCGACCCCGGAAGGUCUCGACGAGUUCACCAUGGAGAUACCUGUCACCAAGUCAGGCGCAACAAUCACAUACGGACCGUUCAGCAACAUCCCGGCGACUGCUGACGCAACUUUCCUCAAACCGAAACAGAAAGAGGUUGCGGUGCACUACAACUACGACCACCCGGUUAUCGAGGUUACCGAGCUGAAGCGGUCUGCGGAGAUCAGCCACUGGGGUGCGAACUUGAACAUCGAGGACAAGAUCCAUUUACAUAACGCAGGACCGAAACUCAAAGGCCAUUUCUCGCGUCUCGAGCAUCAGGCUUCCACUUUCUUGGGACGCAUGCCACCGCAUGUCCUUCCAUCGUUGACGCUUCAUCUGCCACCCAACAUUCGCUCGCCAUACUAUUACGACCUCAUCGGGAAUGUCUCUACGUCCCAUCUCCGCGUGGGGCAUCUACCUGCUCAACAGUCCAGCCUGUUGGAGGUUCGUCCGCGCUACCCGCUGAUGGGCGGCUGGAACUACAGCUUCACACUGGGUUGGGAUUCACCGCUCGCUGACUAUGCUGGUUACGACAAGAGUACGGGGAAGUACGUGAUUGGCGUGCCUCUGAUGACUCUUGUUCCUGGAGCCGUCGUCGGCGAUGCGGAGGUCACAAUCAUAUUGCCUGAAGGUGCUACUGAUGUCGACUUCUUCCCUCCCUUCACUCCCAUCCAGAGCUACGUCAAGACGCAUGUCACAUACCUUGACACUGUGGGCAGGCCGGCAAUUAUUCUGGAAUACAAAGACCUCACGACCAAGCACGCUGGCACUGUCUAUGUCAUGUACAAGGUCCCACUCUCCGCGCACUUGAAGAAGCCGCUGGCGGUUGCCACCGCAUUCAUGGGUCUCUUCGUCUUGGGCUUCGCAGUGAGGCGUAUGGACGUCCGUAUCCAGAAGAAAUAA